AUGAAGCUUACUACUGAUCAGACUGGAAAUUCUUUGAAAAAGAGAACUCAAAAAAAUACAAAUGAUAAAAUAUCCUCUAUUUCCACCAAAAAAUCAGGAAAAGAAACUAUAAUAGAUAAUAGGCAUUUGCCCGUAACCGAGAUACAUCUACGCUCACAUGAAUGGUUUAGUAAUUUUGUUACAAAGUAUGAAAUCCCAAGAAAAUUUUUGCAUUCCUCAAUUGGGUUUAUUACAUUAUAUCUAUAUACUCAAAAUAUCAAUUAUAAACAUGUACCCUUUCCAUUAGAAGUGGCUUUUGUAAUUAUUUUUGCUAUUGAUUUGAUAAGGUUGAAUUGGUUCCGUUUUAAUGAAUUGUAUUGUCAUACCGUGGGAGCCUUGAUGCGGAAAAAAGAGAUUCAUACAUAUAAUGGUGUGUUAUGGUAUCUUUUGGGUUUAAGUUUCUCAUUCACUUUUUUUUCAAAAGACAUUGCAUUGCUCUCAGUUUUCUUAUUAAGUUGGUGUGAUACUGCAGCUUCUACUUUUGGUAGAAUAUUCGGUCAUUUAACACCAAAAGUCACAAAAAAUAAAUCAUUGGCAGGCUCUGCUGCAGCUUUUAUCGUUGGUGUUAUCAUCACCUACGUAUUAUACGGCUAUUUUAUCCCUCAAUAUCCACACGUUAAUAGACCAGGAGAAAUAGAAUGGUCUGUAGAAACUAGUCAUCUAUCAUUGUUUCGAUUAUCCUUAGCUGUUGGAUUUAUUGGCUCUUUAAGUGAAGGUAUUGAUUUAUUUAAUUGGGAUGAUAAUUUUACCAUCCCUGUAUUGUCUGCUAUAUUUUUGAAGAUUGUCUUUAUAACUUGUCAAAAAUAA